CAAAACAUCGUUACUCUCUCCCUUCCUUCUCCUCUGCUCACUCUCUCCCUCCGCCUCCAUGGCCGCCACCACUAUAGCGCCUCCACCUGCCGCCACAAAACCCACCAAAUCGAUCACCAAGACGGUGAGGAAAGCCGUAAACGCCCUCAUCAAAUGGCGGAACGACAAGCUGCAGACCCAGAACCCCGAUCUCUUGGAAUCUGACGAGUUCGCCUACCUGGUUCUUACCCUCAAGAAAAUCCCCCCAAAGGGUCGCGUCAACGCGUACAAAAUCCCCCUCCCAAAUCCCCUCCAUUCCCAACUCUCCGAGCUCUGCCUCAUAUACGACGACGGUCCCAAGUCCAACCUCACUAAGGACUUCAUCGAGAAGAAAAUCAAGGCCGAAAACAUAACCGUGUCAAAAAUCUUGAAGCUUUCGAAGCUCAAGAGCGAUUACGUGCCCUUUGAGGCCAAGAGGAAGCUGAUGUAUUCGUAUGAUAUGUUUCUGGCUGAUAAGCGGAUUGUGCCGUUGCUGCCAAAGUUUUUGGGGAAGCAUUUCUUUAAGAAGAAGAAGAUUCCGGUGCCGGUGGACUUGGAGCACAAGAAUUGGAAGGAGCAGGUGGAUAAGAUUUGUGGGUCGGCUUUGUUGUACUUGAGUACAGGGACGUGUAGCGUGGUGAGGGUAGCGAAGGUUUCGAUGAGCGUUGAUGAGAUUGUGGCGAAUGUGGUUGCGGCGAUUGAUGGGAUUGUGGAGAUUGUGCCUAAAAACUGGGGAGGUGUGAGGUCUUUUCAUUUGAAGUUGUUGGAAUCGCUUGCAUUGCCAGUUUAUCAGGCGGUUCCGGAUGUGACAUUGAAGAUUGAGGAAGAGAAGGGUGUUGAGGAAGGUGCAGAGGAGGUGAAGGAGGUUGUUAAGAAUGAGAGUAAGGAUUUGAAGAGUGAGAAGAAGAGUAAGAAGAAGGGUAGGAUUCAUGAAGUGAGGUAUUUGGAUAGCAAUGUUGGCGAGGUGCUUGAUGAUGAUGAAUUGGGUAUUGUUGGUGAUGUGGAUAUUGGGGAAGGGAAGCAAAGCGAGAAUGAUGAACCGGGUAGUGGCGAAUUGGGGAAGAAGAAGAGGAAGAAGGAAAAGGUUGGUGGUGAGUCUAAGGGUGAGAAAAGGUUGAAGAAGUCGGCUAAGGCGAAAGAUGAUGCUGAGUUAAAUGGGGAAAAGGUUCUUGGUGAGAAAAACAGUGAGAAGAAGUUGAAAAGGUCGGCAAAGGCAGAAGAAGAGGACGGUGCCAUUGUCAAGAAUAAGAAAGAUGGGUUAUCUUGGAAAGAGAAGAAAAAAGAUGCUACAAAGAAGAAAGCAGAUGAUUUGUCGGCCAAAGGCGAAGAGUCCGUUGGAAAGAAGGAGAAGAGGAAGAGUGAAGAUGAAAAGUUGAAGGGCACAGAAGCAAAGCUGAAGAAGUCUAAGAGAAGUAAGAAAGCAGCAGAGUAAUUCGGGAUAGCAAGCUGCAGGUGAAUGACAGGCUUUGCGGUGGGAUUCAAUACAUCCACGAGUAUGCCUGUCCAUAUCGAGUCGUCUAGCAGAAUUUUUGCUUGUUUUGUAUUUUACUCUGGUAUUGAAGUUAUGAUCAUUUUUGUUAGUUUUUGAAUUGACAUUUGCCUUUUUGAGUUUA